AUGAUGCUGCCGGAGGACUUGAUCAUGGUGGAGGACAUUAUUACCCCGGCGUAUGAUCUCAUCGCAACGCCGAGUCAGACUCACCGUGCGAGAAAGCACAGGGCUACCCGCAGCCGCGUUCGCUUCUGCAUUCUGUCCAGUGCAACGCAGUUUUACAUCGCCUGCCCAGCUUCAGCCUCAAACAGCGGCUCACGUCUGCUUCAAGAAAAGCUUCUUCAACCACAACUGCUUUGCUCACAGCUUCAAAACACCAAAGCAGAAGCAACUGGACUGAAAGCGUAUUGCAACUUGCACACCAAACAAGCAGGGCGCGCUUCUUCGGCGCAGGGGCCGCUGUUAUGUACGCCUGGCGGUACAAGAUAUGCAAUGCCGACCAUGUCCAGUCUAAGUCCAGAUCACCUACCCGAACAAUGCGUCUGCGCACCUCAGCUGCUCCAUGCAGCGCCGGCAGCGGAUGCGCGUAAGGAGAUCAUCUUUCACCUGGCUGGACUCCUACAGCAGCACGGCGUUGAACAGAUCGCUGACGUUUUGGUUCUCAGCACAGGCUCCCCCUUGACUGAUGCAGUUAGCCAAACUCUUCAGGAUGGCUGGAAAGCGUACGAGAAGCACCUGCUACUGCGCUGCGAAUGCCGCGAUGACACCGUGUAA